UGUCCAUCUUAAGGUGCAGAGCGCGGUGUGCGCCUCACGUGUGUGGGCCGUCUCUCUCUCACAUGACGUGUUUGUUCCCGUGAUCAGCGCUUCCAUCUGUGCGCGCGACAGCGAGCAUCGCUUUCCCGCUAACCCUGAUGGAUAUGCUCGACCGGAGCCUGGACAACACACGCCAAGACGAGCAAGCGGAGGAGGCGGGCCGGAUAUCUGAAGACGGAACAGGAGGAGAAGAGCAGACAGCUGUUACAAUAGCCAGUGUUCAGCAGGCUUCAGCAUUCGGAGACCACAACAUCCAGUAUCAGUUUCGCACUGAGGGUGGGCAGGUUACGUACCGUGUUGUCCAGGUGACUGACCAGCAGCUGGAAAGCAGAGACGAUGGAGCGGUGAGUGUGGUGUCCACAGCUUCCUUCACUGGCGCUCCACAGGCAGUGGCUCAGGCUGUCAUCCAGAACCCAUUCAGCAAUGGAGGAAGCCCAGCAGGAGAGGCAGUGGGUGGGGAGACGCGCUUCGCCUACUUCCCCGCAACAGCGGUGAGCGACGGGACUGUGUCUGUGCAGGCCACCGCGGACCCCACACUCACACAGGCAGGGGGUCAGUUUUAUGUGAUGAUGACGCCGCCUGAUGUCAUUCAGACAGGCUCACCGCGAACAAUAGCCCCACGUACCCAACCCUACCCUGCGAAAAUGGAUGGACCUCGAACGCCCAGAGAUGAAAGAAGGAGAGCGCAACAUAAUGAAGUUGAGAGGCGGCGAAGAGACAAGAUCAACAACUGGAUUGUCACCCUUUCCAAGAUCAUCCCCGAUUGCAAUAUGGACAGCACCAAAACAGGGGCAAGCAAAGGUGGCAUCCUGUCCAAAGCUUGUGACUAUAUCCGUGAGUUGAGGCAGAGCAACCAGCGGUUGCAGGAGAGUCUGAAGGAGGUAGAGAGGAUACAGGUUGACAACGAGCUGUGCAGACAACAGAUUGAGGAGCUGAAGAAUGAGAAUGCCUUGCUCCGAACACAACUCCAGCAGCAUGGCAUUGAGAUGGUUGGAGAGACGCCGCCACAAUGAAAGUGAUGAGAAAACGAGGAGGAGGGAGGAGCACACCAACGUUCUGACACAUCAUUGACUCUGUGGAAAAGAUGUAUGGGGCAGAUACAAAAAAAAAAAAAAAAUGGUGAGAGAUUCGACGCGUAUUUAGAAUCGCUUUGGUGUUCUGCUCGGACGUGUUCUUCCUGGGGCCCGCAGGCUGUGUUCAGGAAACUCUCAGCAGCUAUUUUCCGCUGCAGUUGACUGUUUAAAUCCCAUUGCGAUAACCACCCGUUAGAAUCGUACUCAAGGAAAACAAGACCACUCAGCACCACCAGCAGAGUUCUUUACAAGCACAAGGAAAUAAAACAAGCCUCUGCUGAACUCUUCCUCAGUUCCGUGUUGAUGUAGCUGCACCCAUGGACGAUGAGGCUGACUGGUCAUUGUCUGACACCCCCCCCCCCCCCCCGAUCUUUCAGUUAGUUCAUGCUUUUACUCUGCUGUGUGUGCGUGUGUGCAUUUUUGAGUUGUGUAACAAUUUAAUUGAUUUGAACUUUUGUUUUAAUUUAUUAGUCCACUUGAUGAAGGCUUGAUGGAGACCAGUUACAGUUCAGGUUCUGUAUCCUAGAGAAAUGGAUUUAGCUGCAAAUUGAAAACCGCAGAUGGUGCAAACCGCUGAGAUUCUUCUCAGUGGGAAGUGGCGUCUUUGGUUUAAUCCAGGUGACACAAACUGCUCCUGUAUUCCACGCCUGUGGGAGUAAGCUGUAUGUUAAGACACUGCUGCAGCUCAUGGUCUGGCCUCCCAUGUAUCAGCACACGUGUUGCCAGAGUUUUGAGACGUCAGCAGUUCUCGGUAGUAGAGGAAUAGUAAGAACUUGUUAAUUCUAUACCGACGUUUUGUCCCAACAGUCGGCGUGAAGUGUACACAAUCGUAAAGCUUGUUUAGAGAUGCUGUAGUCUGCCUGGAUUGUGCAUCGUGUGAUUGACCAGAGAAAUGACACAGAUGUUGAUGAAACCGCAUUUAAGAGAUCCAGCUGUUUUAAAAUGUCUGUGGCAGAAUGACGUGUCCAGAGGCAGGACGUACACCAGGGGGAUGAAACCUAUUGCUCUGGCUUGCAACCUUGCUUGGAAAAGCUCAGACUCAAAUACUCAACUUUCAGGUUUUUCCAAACUUUUUUUACCCACGGUCUUUUGUCCAUGUGUGGUUUGCCAGUGUUUCAGUAUGUGUAAGAAUAACGCCCACGUGUCUCAGUUUUGAGCUGUUUGCUCUAUUUUUGCAAGACUUCAGAUGGAGCUUAACUCGCGGGGGGAGCACCCUGGAGAGCAGUGCUGAAAGACUCUGCUCACCACAGAGGACAAGAAUAGAGGAUUUCUGUGUCGCGAGCAGAACUCGCUCUCCGUGGUUUACAAAGGAAAACAACAAUCAUGGCAGAAUGGGGUAAACUUGGAAAAAUUCUCCCAUAUUUCUCCACCCACUCGGGCAAACAAUAUCUACGCUGUAAUUGUUGUACAAACCCGAACAGCAAAUAUUAACAAUGUUGGUGAUGUGUAUGAAUAUACAUGAUGUGUUCUUGUUCUUCUGCUCGGGGCAGUGUGUGGAAGCUUGGAAGAGAGAUAUCAGGCGUUGCAGUCAGUGCGGCAGCCUUGUGUUUUCCCCAUGUCGACAGCUCAGGAUCCAGCAAAGCAAACCCAAUGUUCACACCCAUGGCAGAGUCGUGCAGACUGCCAGCAUUUUAACAUGUAAAGGCUGCAGGUUACUGCUGCGAGGUUCUGCCCUGCUUUUACUGUCCAACACCGUCAUGUCUGGGCUGUCAGAAGAACCAAGCUGGAACCAAGUGGUAGAUAUGUUGCUGUAGAACCUUGUUCAUCUUUACUGAGAGGUGAAGAGUGUACUGUGUGUCUGUGUGUGUGUGAGAGAGAGAGAGAGAGAGAGAGAGAGAGAGAGAGAGAGAGAGAGAGAGAGAGAGAGAGAGAGAGAGAGAGAGAGAGAGAGCAGCGCUUUGGAAGAUUGUGUUCAUGAGCGAAAGGUCAUUUCACAACUUUCCACUUCUACUUGUUUCUUUUUCAUUUUUGAAACUGCAAAACAAAGAAAGACUUAAAGCUUCCUUGUCCUCUGUAGCGGCCUCGCAGUUCUCAGGUUAGAUUAUAAAACUUCUUUUCUAAAUAAAAUGUGGAAAAACAAAA